CAAUAACAAUCUUUCAGGAAACUCAACCGUAGAGAAGUCCAAACAUAUAGGCAAAAGCAAAGUCAUUGCUGACUACACCCAAAAUAUUAUAUUAAACAACCAGACAGACAACAUUAGACCAUUCUUUGUUCUCUUUCUCUGCCUCACUCUCCUCCUGUGUGUCUGUCUGCCAUACAUUUCCUCAAACUGAAAAUUCCCAAUUUAAUAGGAAGAUAAGCCUAUAAGCUCUCUUACUAGCUCCUGAGCAUAGUAGCUAUGGUGGCACUGAAAGCAGGAACAAGGCCACCAUGGGUGGGGCUAGGAGCUGCAGUUUGGGUUGAAAUUGCAUCAGGCAAUGCAUACACUUUCCCACUUUACUCUCAUUCCUUGAAAUCAGUUCUGGGUUUUAACCAGCACCAGCUUACCAUGAUCGGUGUGGCCAACGAUAUUGGUGAAAACGUUGGCCUCCUUCCAGGCGUAGUUUGUGACAGGUUUCCUCCUUGGGUUGUUCUCAUCAUUGGUUCUGUCUUUUGUUUCUUUGGUUAUGGGAUUCUCUUUCUCGCUGUCAGCCGUACUGUUCUUUCCCUUCCUUAUUGGUUGUUAUGGCUUGCUCUUUGUGUUGCUGCUAAUAGUAAUGCUUGGUUUAGCACUGCUGUUAUUGUGACCAACAUGAGAAACUUCCCUCUCAGUCGAGGAACUGUUGCAGGUAUUCUCAAAGGUUAUGUGGGGCUCAGUGCUGCGGUUUUUACAGAAAUUUACAGUGUGCUGCUUCAUAGUUCCUCUUCUAACCUUUUGUUGUUCCUCGCAAUUGGGAUUCCUGUUCUAUGUUUCAUUAUGAUGUACUUUGUUAGGCCUUGUGCUCCAGCUUCUGAUGAUGACUUUGAGGCGCAUCGCCAUUUUCUUUUCAUCCAAGCUUCAAGUAUUGUGCUUGGCUUAUAUCUUCUGACGACCACGAUAAUGGCUGAUACAUAUUCUUUGAGUCCUCUAAUUUCCUAUACUUUUGUUUUUAUAAUGAUUCUACUUCUCAUGGCUCCACUUGCAAUUCCUGUAAAAAUGACGCUGAACCCCAUGAGAACAAGGAAAUCAGGGACACUAGACCAAUCAAUUGGGUCUUCAGACGGUCUGGUUCAAGGAGAAGGCAAUUCAGACAAAACUGAACCACUGCUGACACCAUCUUCAUCAGCAAAAAACCUGGGAAGUUUUCAUGAAAGUGAGGAUGUGUCUGAGGUGGCUAUGCUUCUUGCUGAGGGUGAGGGGGCAGUGAAGAAGAAGAGGAGGCCCAAAAGGGGGGAAGAUUUUAAAUUUAGUGAAGCUGUAAUCAAGGCAGACUUCUGGCUUCUGUUCUUGGUUUACUUUGUUGGGGUUGGUUCUGGGGUGACUGUUCUUAAUAAUCUAGCACAGAUAGGGAUUGCACAAGGUGUGCAUGAGACCAAAAUCUUGGUGUCUCUCUUCAGCUUUUGCAAUUUUGUGGGUCGUCUUGGUGGUGGAGUUGUCUCUGAACAUUUUGUCAGGUCAAGGACACUUCCUCGGACGGUUUGGAUGACAUUUACUCAAAUAAUCAUGAUUAUCACAUACCUUCUAUUUGCUUCUGCAAUGGAUGGCACUCUUUAUAUUGCAACUGCACUUCUUGGGAUCUGCUUUGGCGUUCAAUUUUCUGUCAUGCUCCCAACUGUCUCUGAGCUAUUUGGCUUGAAGCAUUUCGGUUUACUAAGCAAUUUCAUGGCACUAGGGAAUCCUAUUGGUGCUUUCCUUUUUUCAGGUCUGCUAGCAGGGUAUAUAUAUGAUAACGAGGCAGCUAAACAGCAUGGACUUAAUCAGAUUGGUUCAAGUCUCACCUGCUUGGGUCCAAAUUGUUUUAGACUCACCUUCCUGGUUUUGGCUGCUGUCUGUGGUGUGGGCACUAUCUUAAGCAUUGUUUUGACUAAAAGGAUAAAGCCUGUUUACCAAACGCUUUAUUCAGGGGGUUCCUUCCGGCUGCCACAAAGCACAAGUCAUUGAGGUUAAUGGGGUUGAGCAUAUAUCCAUUCGGUAGCCAUUGUUACCGAAGCACAUCUUUGGAUGCGACUGUAGCUAUAAUAAGUUCGGGCUUAUUGAACACUCAUCAAUGCAGUGCAUGUUUGAGCACCAGUCAGCAGUCCAACUCACAUAUCGGCUCUAAUUGUGUAUUUGAAGCAUAUACUUAUUAUAGUAUAAAAUGCAAUUUUUCAUUACUAUAUAUCAAUAAAUAACUCUGCAUGUGUUUGUACUUAGUGUCAUAUAUUUCUCUCACAGCUGAUUCCAAAUCUGGAAAAAAGAUGAGGGUUGUGAUAGAUUAAUAAUGUGUAAAAUAUAAUCACUUUAUUAUGAAUGGAUCUGCUAUAGAUAA